AUGGGUUCUGAUUCGGCUCAUGUGACUGAUCUUAUUAACAAGUUGGCUCUUGAAUUUAAAGUUUGUGAUAUGGGAGUGCCCUCUUUUUUCCUGGGUAUUGAGAUUAUUCUGUUGUCUGGUGGCAUGCUUCUGUCUCAACAAUGGUACAUGAAAGAUAUUUUAAAACGGGCAGGUAUGGUUGAUUGCAAGCCCGUGGCCACUCCGGUUUCAACCGCGAAGGCCGAGACUGGUGUUGUGGUGCCAUAUGCUGAUCCCACUCAUCAAUCGUUUGUGUCAGCACAUGCAUUCUCUUCCACUGCGGAUUGGGCGGCUCUCAAGAGGGUGUUACGAUAUAUAAAUGGGACACUACAUCUCGGUCUUAAAAUUACUUCCUCUCCCUCUCUGGAUAUUCAUGCUUAUUCUGAUUCCGAUUGGGCUGGCAAUCCUGAUGAUCGAAAAUCUACCAGUGGUUUUGCUAAUACAAAGGACUCGCUGAUGUUUCUGCAGAGGUUACUUGGAUCGUAUCUCUGA